GGUCGCAGGGCCCGGCCGUGCCCCGGCCCGGCAGCAGGGAGGGAGGGGCCGAGGCUCGCUACCGCCUUCCCGCCGCGCUCCCGCCUCAGCCGCGCAGGGCGGGUCUCGGCGGCCGCCCGCCAGCGGCUGCAGCCUGCGGCGGCUCGGGGCUCCCCAGCCGCUGCCCGGGGGUCUGUAACAAUGGAAGAAGAGGUCCGUCAUCGAGAAGCCUGAAUUGUGAUACCAGGAAAGCCCUUUGAGACACUGACAAUAAGAGCCUGAGAUACAGGAGACGGCAAACAUGCUGAAGCCAAGUGGACUUAAAAUCCCAGGCAGAGCUGGGAAGCACUCCAGCCCAGUGGGACGGGCAUCAGGGACCACUACAGCUGCUGUCACCACUGGCUCAAAAGAAGGCUCACCUUUACACAAGCAGGGUACCACCUCCACCACCAGCGCCGAGAAGUCGGGUUCAAAGGUUGCCGAGGUGGGCGAUGAUUUCCUGGGAGACUUUGUGGUGGGUGAACGCGUCUGGGUAAAUGGAGUGAAGCCAGGUGUGAUCCAGUAUCUUGGGGAGACACAAUUUGCUCCGGGCCAGUGGGCAGGGGUUGUUCUGGAUGACCCAGUGGGUAAGAAUGACGGCUCUGUCGGUGGAGUGCGGUACUUUGAAUGCCAGCCGCUGCAGGGGAUCUUUACGCGACCGUCCAAGCUGACGCGGCAGCCGGUGGCCGAGGGCUCGGGGAGCGACGGCCCCUCCGUGGACUCCUUGACGGCUCAGAACUUGUCGCUGCACUCGGGGACAGCUACGCCACCUCUCUCCAGUCGUGUCAUCCCCCUGCGGGAGAGCGUCCUCAACAGCGCCAUGAAGACGGGCAAUGAGUCUGGAUCUAACCUCUCGGACAGUGGGUCUGUGAAAAAAGGGGAGAAGGACUUACGGCUUGGAGAUCGCGUGCUGGUUGGUGGGACGAAGACAGGAGUUGUGCGCUAUGUGGGAGAGACAGACUUUGCCAAAGGAGAGUGGUGUGGAGUGGAGCUGGAUGAACCCCUGGGCAAGAACGACGGGGCGGUUGCUGGUACAAGGUAUUUUCAGUGUCCUCCCAAGUUUGGCCUCUUUGCUCCCAUCCACAAGGUGAUCCGGAUCGGUUUCCCAUCAACCAGCCCUGCCAAGGCAAAGAAGAGCAAACGAAUGGCCAUGGGAGUGUCUGCCUUAACCCACAGCCCCAGCAGCUCCUCCAUCAGCUCUGUCAGCUCCGUGGCAUCAUCUGUUGGUGGCAGGCCCAGCCGCAGCGGACUGCUGACAGAGACCUCUUCUCGAUACGCCCGAAAAAUCUCUGGCACCACAGCUCUCCAGGAGGCACUGAAGGAGAAGCAGCAGCACAUUGAACAGCUACUGGCAGAGCGUGACCUGGAGCGGGCUGAGGUUGCCAAAGCCACCAGCCACAUCUGCGAGGUGGAGAAGGAGAUUGCCAUCAUGAAGGCCCAACAUGAGCAGUACGUCACGGAGGCAGAAGGAAACCUCCAGCGAGCACGAACUCUGGUGGAUGUGAUGCAGAAGGAGAAGAUUGAACUGUUGAACCAGCUGGAAGAGGAGAAGAGGAAAGUGGAGGACUUGCAGUUCCGUGUGGAGGAAGAAUCCAUUACAAAGGGGGAUCUGGAGACUCAGACGCAGUUGGAGCAUGCCCGAAUACGGGAGCUAGAGCAGAGCCUGCUGUUUGAGAAGGCACAGGCUGAGAAACUCCUCAGAGAAUUAGAGGACACCAGGUUAACCACGGUGGCAGAGAAGUCCAGGAUCCUGCAGCUGGAGGAGGAGCUGAGCCUCAGGCGCAGCGAGGUGGAUGAGCUUCGGCAGUGCCUCAGGAGCUCUCACCAAGCAGACACCCCAGAGCAUAACCUUGGCUUGCAGUCAGAGGCUCUUCGUCUACGAGAUCAACUGCUGUCUGCCAACAAGGAGCAUCAGAAGGAGAGCAGCCAGCUAAAGGAGAAGUAUGAGAAGACGUUAAAGAAGUACCAGCAGGAGAUGGAGAAACUGAAAUCUGUCAAUGAGAAGUACUCACAGGAAAUCGUUGACCUAAAGCAUAAAGUUCAGCAAGCCACUAAUGAGAACAUGGGACUUAUGGACAACUGGAAGUCCAAGUUGGACACGUUAGCUUCAGACCACCAGAAGUCUCUGGAGGACCUGAAAGCCACACUGAACACAGGCCCUGACACCCAGCACAAGGAGAUUGUGGAACUGAAGGCAGUGGUGGAGAGUAUAAAGAUGGAGCACCAGCUUGAGUUGGAGAACCUUAAAGCAAAGCAUGACAUUGAGACAGCUGUUCAUAUAAAGGAGAAAGAGAGUCUCAAACUGAAGUUGCAAGAGGCUGUGGAUGAAGUGGAAAAAAGCAACAGCAACUGGAAAAUGCAACUGGAAACAAAAAGCAAUCAGCACCUUCUUGAGCUCCAGGAUGUGAAGGACAAGUGUCGAGAUGCUGAGCUGAGGGUGCUUGAACUGGAGAAACUUCAUGGUGAAUAUACGGAUCAGACAGAAGCAAUAGCUUUCUUAAAAGAGCAGAUUUCUUUGGCUGAGAAGAAGAUGUUGGACUAUGAAACAUUACAGAAAACAGAAGCCCAGAGCAAACAGGAGAUCCACAGAUUGCAGGAAAAAGUGCUUGUUUUAGAGAACAAGCUGCAGUCCAUGGAGGCCCUGCAUCCUUCUCAGCAUGCAAAUAUGAUUGAAACUAAUGAUAUUUCAGAAGAAAAGAUAAAGAUGAAGCAGACUAUGGAAGACCUCCAAGACAAGCUGAGCAAAAGAGACAAAGAGGUGUCAUCACUGGUGUCCCAGACUGAAACUCUAAGGGCCCAAGUAAGUGCUUUGGAAAGCAAAUGCAAAACAGCAGAAAAGAAGACUGAUACAGUGUUAAAAGAAAAGAAACGUCUGGAAAGUGAACUGGAAGCCUUGACCAAGAAAACACAUGAUGCUUCGGGGCAACUAGUCCUCAUUAGCCAGGAGCUACUUAAGAAGGAAAGGAGCCUGAACGAGCUGAGAGCACUGUUGCUGGAGGCAAACCGGCACUCACCUGGGCCAGAACGGGACCUGAGCCGGGAAGUGCACAAAGCUGAGUGGCGGCUGAAGGAGCAGAAGCUCAAAGAUGACAUCAAGGGCCUGCGAGAGAAACUGGUUGUGCUGGACAAGGAAAAAUCGGUGUCAGAUCAGCGGCGAUACUCCCUGAUCGACCCUUCUUCAGAGUCAGAGGUGAUCCGGCUGCAGCACCGGCUGGUCAGCACGGAGGAUGUGCUGCGCAACGCGCUGGAGCAGGGCCACCAGAUGGAGAAACUCAUGGAAGCAAUGAGGCUCUCUUCUGAGAAAACACAGACUGGAAAUUCUGGGUCUGCUAACGGGAUUCACCAGCAGGAUAAAGCCCACAAACAAGAGGAGAAGCUCUGAUAGAGAAGAGGUGAAGAGGAUCAUUUCAUGCCAAUAUCAGCUCCUGUGCACUGUCAGGAAAAAUGGUACCACAUUUGGCUUUAGCACCUCCAAAAGACCAGACACAGUAUUUUCACUUUAAAGCAGGACAGUGUUUAUAAUACACUAACUGAUGUAGUCAGGACAAUCCUGCAGUCCAGUUUUCCAAGACAGCCAUUGUUCCGGGGGGAGCAGAAAGGUUUCUCAACAUUUGGUUUCUUACUUGUAUUGGUUUUGACUAUGGAAUUUGUAUUGCUGUUGUCCCACCAGCUGACCUGGUCUGGAUGAUGGCUGCCCCAAAUGGUGGCUGAAGUGUCAGCAAGUCCCAGUAUCCCACAAGAACUCCAAAAGGAUUUGCUUGUGGUGUUUGAUGCUUCUCACAUGGUCUGUCUCUUCCCUUCCACACAUCCCACUGUCUUGAAGACCUGCACAAGCAAGUGAAACCUGCUGGGCUGACUGUUCAUGCUGGCACGUGUAGGCUGAGCAAGAUGGGGUGUGUGGAUGUGUUUCCCUUCAACUUGUAGAAGACAUCAAUGUUCUGGAGGCUGCACUUAGUACUUGUAUCAUAGCAUGUCCUGGGAAAUAAUCUGAUUUCAGGGGGAUAUUUGUUUUGUUUCUCACCCAGUGCUGUUUGGGGACAGGCAACCCCAGCUGUGGUUGGCAUUUCUUCCUGCAGAGAUCUCUGAGCAGGCCUGCCCAUGCCCUGCCCCACAGCGAGGCUGAGCAGCCUGAUCCCCAUCACUUGUAUGUGUUUUAUUGGGCCUUCUUAGAGCACAGGACUCCACAGCUGCAUCUCAUCACUGGCCUGAGAGCUCCAUGCUGGCUGCAGUCAGUGUGGGACGCAUGCCCUGUGGAGAUGGUUCCUUCCUUGCCCGUUUAAUUUAACAGCUAAUCAGGGAUCGCCUGGCCUUUCUCUGGAGCUAUCCUUGGCUCUGCAUUAUGAUGUUCCAGUAUGAUGCCCAUCCCCUUCUGCCAGGAAUACAGAAUGCUGAGGUGCUGCUCUGAGCAUUCAUGCAGCAGCAGCUGUCUGUAUUGGAUGGGUACAGCAUUCCACUGUGUAUGACCUGAGUACGAGUAUUUGGAGCAGAAGGAAUACAAGACUAGAGCUCACACAGCUCUUGUCUGUACAUAGCAGUGUAGGCUCAGGUAAGGAUCUCGUUCCUUCUUCUGAAGGCUCUACCCUUCUCUAACUUUGACCACAGCUCCCAAGGGACACUAGGGUGGAGGAAAGGGACAGUAUGCUUUUAAAGGUGUGAGACUCCAGAUUCACUGCUAAGUACCACAGGGAAGAAUCACAGCAAUAUUUCACCAGGCUUUCUCUAGUUAGUGCCUGAUUCCUUCAGUCUUCAGAAGCUCUUUUGUUGUGAUGGGUUAUCUGUGAAACAGGACAAGACAGAAGAGAGCACUGAGAGAGGAGAUCUGAGCGUGACCGCAGGCAGAUGAACAUCACAUCAUGUCAGCUUCAUUGCUUUUGCCUUCAUUUCCUGUAAGGUUGUGCUACUUUGUCUUCAUGGGUUGCUAGACUCUGGCUUCCUUGAAGGAUGAGCAGCCAGAAGCAACCUGGGAAAGACAUGGGCUUCAUGACUGCAGUUCUACCACGAGGAGGAUGUUGCUGAAUCUGGGCUAUGACACAGCACUGGACCCUGCUCACUUGAUGCAGGAUUGGUGAUCUCCCUCCAUGCAGAGGGAGGAUGAGAGAGGAAGGUGACUUCAGGGGUGUAAAGCAGGACAGAAAGCGCAGCUUAAAUCUUGUGCAUGGCAGGGGGAGGCAAAACUGCCUUGCAGAACUGCUUCAUCAGUUUUACUAAUCACCAGGAAGAUUGCCUAGCUCUGAGACUUCCCGAACGGAUCACAGGGGUUAUCUCCAAAAUCUUCCUGGUCCAUGUACUCCUCAUCUCUUAAGCAAUUCAGGAAAAUCGCAGAGGGAGUGUUCACUGUUGCAGCCUGUGACAGGGAAUACCUCUCUGGGAGCUGCUGGCUGUAAGAAUUGUGGGCUGGUGUUUCCCAAAGCGCUGCUUUGCUUGGUCUCUGGUGUCUGCAGCUCUCUCUGGAUUGAGUGGAGCUAAAGGAAUGCUGCCCAUCUCCGAGCCCAGGGCUUCCCAGGCACCUGCCAGUGGGAGAGCCCAUUCUGCUUGGGAGCUUACUUUCCCUGGUAGGUCUUUUAGUGAUUUGUGACCAGUUGCCUUCAUCUAUAGAGGGGAGAUACCUGCAUUUUCCACCUCCCUCAAUGAACCUUUGGCUCUGCACAAGGCAGGAUCCCCGGGGAGGACUUAUGGGGACCAUGUAUUUAGUUCCAUUAAUCAGAUCUGAAGUUGUCAGGUAACUUUCAAGCUGUAGGAGUCUCUGGCUCCUGUCUCCUCCCAGGGACCAUCUCUUGUGUGUGGCUCAGACCUGUGGAUCUUCCCAGUCAGUUCAGGUGACAAUGUAGACUGGCAGCAGAUGGGGCAGGGAUGGUUUAAAGAUAAUGCAGAUGGUCUUCUCUGGCUGUAAGUAGCUGUGCUGGUCCCUGAGGAUCAGCCAGGAGCCAAGCACUUGCUUACGGCAGAGGCUGUUUGUGGGCCUUGCAUUGCAAGGCCACACCGAAAUGGGCAGUGGGGCAAAGCCAGGGCCUCUGUAUUCCACCCUGCUUUGGGGAGCUGCUCCCCAAACAGAACUGACUGCAGCAUGAGCAGGACAUGCUAUCACACAUCAUCUGGGUUUUAGCUCAACCCUGUAUAAAGUGGCCAGGUUUGAACAUUAUCCAUGUUCUCCCUCUCCAGAAUUGGCACAGGCCUCCCAAGGGCACCUGCCUCUAGCUGCCCUUCUGAGCUUGUAAGAGACCAAACUAGGGACAAACUUGGGAAGGACAAGGAGGAGAUUCCCCGGCCCCUCUAUUUAUUUGUAAGUUUAAGUGCUAUUUUUGCCUAUGUGGUGGUGUAUAAAGUACUUCACAGUAUUUGGUCUUACUGGCUUGGUUCUUCAGGGGAGAUUUUCAAGGGUGUUGGAGCACUGAUGCACCCAUCUCCUGUUGCUGGUCAGGAGCUGGUUCCUGUUUGUGCCUUCACUUCCCUUUGGCUUCAGCCUUGCUUUUAUCUUGACCCCCAAGAGCUGGUACAGGGGCCUGGGGGGUGGUUGUGUUCUCCUCUCCCAGCCUGUGCAUGCUGUGCUGGUGCUGCAUCUGGAGCCGAGUCCUGACAUCAUGCCCCAGAGCACCAGCACAGGGUGGGGAGGAGGAGGCAGCGCAUCUUUGGAGUCAUCAGCACCAAGGGAAGGGCUGGCACCCACUGGGACACCAGCCAUCACCCAGCUGUGGUACCCAACAGUUAGUGAUGCUUUUCUGCUGAAAGCUGAGACAUUAUCCAGUGAACAAAGUCUUUGCCAUGGAGACUGCUCCAUCUUUAGUGUUUUUUUCUCUAACCCUCUAGACCAAAGGGAAAAGAAUCAGUCUUGGCUGGUGAUUUCAGCUUUAUCCCUCCUAUCCCUCCAGUGCUGGAGCAAGGGGCAGCACUGAGGCAGUGCUGAACGAUGGGUGCAAAGCUACCAGCCAAGGCUCUGCAGCUCUUGCCUACUCCCAGCCACCAGCCCUUCCUCUGGCUUGCACUAGAGAUGCAUGAGGGUUUCAUUCAAACAAAAUGAUGCAAAUGACACUGUAAAAGUCUUAACAAAAAUUCCAGUACUCUGUUGUUCGGCAGCUUUAGCAGCUCAGCACUAUCUUGUAGGGAGUUAUUAAUACACUAAGAUCCUAUAGGCCUCAUGUAAGUUACCAUAAUAAAGAUGAUACUAGAUGUAUAAAUGGAUGAUAACCUUUUACCCGUACAGUAUGUAUUACAGUUUUGUAGUUUAGUCAUUUUUUGGCUAUCAGAUUUUGUUAGUACGAUAUAAAACCAAAAGACAAAAAAAAAGGUUUGACUGCUAAUGUCUAUUUUGUUAUUUGAUUCACUUUAUUUCUUCUUCUGUACAAAAGCUGUACAAACCUCAGUGUGUGUAACUAUCCCACACGUGUAUUCAUGUACCACCCCCUGUCCUGGCUUGCUGGUGUGGUGAGCUCCUUACUAACCAAUAAACUCUGUGGCUGCAGUCGGGCACCCUGGGGCUGCUGGGGUGUGUUCAGGGUGUUGUGCAGUGCCCAAGCCAUGCUAAGAGGGAAGUGGAUGGGAUAAGGGGGGGCUUUGGUAGGUGCCCCUUGUCCUGGGCCCCAGCAGUGAGCUGGAGCCAUCGGCACUGGGGUUCAGCUGCCAGCUGGGUUUGUAAACAGCCAAGCAUCAGCUCCUUCCCCGGGGCUGCUGUUGGCUAUCCCCUGAGCCAUGGACUACAGUGCUGUUUAUUCAUCCAUGACUAUUUCUCCUCUGUUAAUCUCCCCUGUCCCUCGCUGACACAUUCACAACACCCCAAGGCAAGGGGUGCUGCAAAGUGCUGCCCUAGACCCACCUCCCUGUACCUCAAGAGAGGCACAUACUCAUUUGAGUGGUGCCAUCUUGAUUCUGCAAGACCAGAGGUGGCGACUGGGUCAUCCUCAUCCCUUCCAGCUCACUCACCACAGACCUUUAGAGCGCAGGGAAUGUGUGAUUGCUGUGGAGUGGUCCCAGGGCAAGCUGUGGUUGCUGCCAGCACCCUGUGCAGCCCAGCUCCUGCCUCUUUUCCCUAUGUUCUCACCAUGUACCUGCAGAUGAGCAUCAUGGAUUUGUGCUGUCCCCCACGGGCUGGACCAGGGGCAUUUACUCCAGGGCUUUUUCAUGGCACAGCAUCUCCUCGUUGGAAUUUCUUGGACUGCCCAAGGGCUGUGCCCUAGCUCAGCAGCCCCACACACAGCAAUAAAGCAUCCAUGCUUCUUCCUGCUAUGCUUUCCUGCACCUGUGGGCUGUACAUAGAUCCUUUGCUGAAAGGUGGUGGGUUCACAGCUGUCUUAAGAUGCAUGGAAAAAAAAGGAUGGUUUUUUUUAACUUGCUUCCUGGCUGCUUCUUUUCCUGAACUUAAGCUUCUCCCCUGCCAGGAUUACCUGGAAGUUUUAAACCCUUUCCAAAGAACCGAUACAGUACGCAGAUGAUGAGUUGAUUCCAGCAUGGGGCCCCAGGUGCUGGACGAUAACACCAUGGAAGCUGGGCAUACAGCUGUAUUUCAGAGAUGUAGCAUGGUCUGUACAGUGUGGUCUGUGGUACCCUGCUCUUAUUUUCUCAAGGUGUAUAGGAGUUGCUGUGAACCCCAGAUCUCUCAAAGCGUUCUGUUUGUCCACCAGCUCCCUGUGCACUGCAGGCGCUCGCAGCUCCUCACGUAGCUGGGUAAGAACAGUGGCUCCCUGGGUCACCGCGCUGCUGAUUCCUAGAGCUGCUGCCAGUGCUUCACUGUCCUCCAGCGGCUGGAAGGAGAAUAAUUGGUUUGAGCUUUGCUUGGGAGAAAUCUCUGGACACAGGACUGUCCAUCUGGGGCCAGCCCAGCAUCCGAGCUGAUGCACUCAGUAUUUGCCUUGCUCUUCACUUCCCAAGGCUGGUGCUUGCUCACGCCAGGUCUGAAGAUGCUGUGGCUGGGCAGGGAUGGGAUCGUGGCCCAGGGCCAUGGCUCCUGUGUGUGAUCCCACUGUCAUGGCUCGGCCCUGGUCUGAUGCACUGGUUCAGGGAGGUUUGUCACCCUCUGCUCCAUUGGUGCCAGGGCACCAGUAAGGGAAGGAUUGCUCCAGCGUAGCUCUUGGGCUGUCCCCACGCUGACAGCAGGGUCACCAAGCAAGUCCCCUUUUGUGGCCAGAAGUCAUGGAGGGAGAUGUCCCCCAAACCUCCCUGUUUAUGGGGGCAGGAGCCUUUAUCCAUGUGGUGAAUUUCCCACUGAACCCUUCCCAGGGUUCUGGGCAGGAGCUGCUUACUCAGGGCAGGAAGCAAAGGCCAUGAACAUCAUGUCCCUGCUCAGGGCAGAUGACUCCAGCUCCAUCUUUUCUGUAGCUCCACACUAUCAUUCAUUAAGGUGCAUAUUUACAAUCAAGUGCCCAAGCCCUGGUAUCUCACAGAGAUAACGCCGUAGCACAUGCCUUUGUUUGCAGACAUUGCUGUUAAUUGUACAGCGAGGAUUAAUAAAACAUGAAGUUGAAAGAUGCCUAAAUCACAGGGGGGGAGCUGGUAAUCUCUGCCAACAAUAAUAUUUGCACUUUAUUUUCAUCCCAGCAUCCAGCCAAGAGUGGAGCCCGGGCUGCAGAGCAGGACCACUGCAUGUGAAUGGAUGGGGUGAGGAUGGAGCAGGGAUCUUGACCCGCUGCUUGGGCUCAGAAGAGGUGAUGGGUGGGAUAUCCAUCCUCAUCUGUGUUAGGGACCUCAUUCCCUGGGAUGUUGUGUUUGUGCCUGGAGCUGGAUGGGUGCUUCAGGGGUGGGUUUAAUCCAGGGAUGAGGGAGGGAUGAGCCAUGCAGUGCAUGGGGACACACACAGAGGUGACAUCUCUGUAGGGAUGUGGCUGCCCUGUUCUAACCACCAUCCUCCUGCUGGACCUGCCUCUCAAGGGCACAUCCCUGUGGGAUGUUCCCUGUGGAUGGGGUGGAUGUACCAGCUCUAUGCUUGGUGCUGGGAGACCUGUGAGCCACCAAAGAUGCUAUUUGGCUUUUAUAGGGGCUGCUCAUGUCCCCUCCCUCCUGCAGCCCCAGUGCCAAAGAGCUCAGCAGCCCCAGGGCUGGAAUCAGGGCUGGGAAUGUGCUGCUUCCCCAGCAAGGCUGUUUCCUCCCCAUCCCUUUGCUGCCUAACAAGCAUCCUUGUCAAAAUAGCUAAUUUCCUUCCAGAACAAAAAGUCACCUGAAUACAUUUGGAAGCUGUAUUGCACUAUCAGGGUAAUCAGAAUUUAAUUUGAUGCAGUCAAGGCUCUAAAAAGAUGUUAUCAAGGGGAACAUCAAAGCUGGAUUCCUGCGCUUGGAAAGGCAACUGGAAUGCUUAGUCCAGAGUUCUCAUUUUAUCGGAGACUUUCAAAAUAUCAGUCUAAAUAACAAAAAAUGAAUAUUAAGAGUAUUUGCAAAUUAAUGUCUUUUGUAGCUGAACAAAGGCUCCUUCUUUUGCAUGUCUGGGACAGUCUCUUAUUAAAUCCCACUAAUUAUACAA